UUCUGAAGAGCAAAACCCAAAACCUUCAGCGCUUCCCAAAAACCAGAUCGAGGUCACCAUGUCUUCAGCUGGGUCAAGGAGCUCCUCCACCCGCCGCGGCGCAAACGCGGCCUCGGAUUGGAGCAGAAAGGAGAACAAGCUGUUCGAGGAGGCGCUGGCCUACUACGGCGAGGGCACGCCCGACCGCUGGCAAAAGGUGUCCCGCGCCAUUGGCGGGACCAAGACGGCCGACGAGGUGCGCCGUCACUACGAGAUCCUCUUCGACGACGUCGACCUCAUCGAGUCCGGCAGGCUCCCGUUCCCCCAGUACAACACGCAGGGGGCUUGGAACUGAUCCAUCCAUCCAGGAUUCCAGGAGCGAAGCAUCUGAAGCACCUGGAAACAGAAAUACUGUUGCAUACAUUAAUCUAUAGUCCUUGACUAGGACUAAGCUAUUGAAGGAAGCAUACCGAUAUACAGUAUUGUUAUUGUGUUAUGGAACUCGUGGUCUCACUUUGGAUAGAAAUAAAUUAACAGGAAGAAAAUAUGUAUAUACUCCUAAAUAAUUUAGGAUUGUAAGCAAAUCAAAUGCCCUUGUUCUCGCAGAAGCUAGCGUGUAUUUUGCACUGAAUGUAACCUCCAAAAUAAGUUAUGGAGUAAACAUCAGUGAUGUAAAUCCCCUGUACUUGUGUCUACUCCUCUGAUCCUAAAUUCUCGACUCAAAUUUGCCCAAAUAUGAAUGUAUCUAUUCUUAAAAAGUGUCUAAA